GAACUUCUGGAAAUGGUGGAAAACAUUCUCAAGAAAAUAGAUAUGUUGCCUUUACACCCCAAGUACAAAUUGGAACUCUAUCAAUUUUACUUAAUGUCGAAACUUUCCUGGCAUUUAACUAUUGCCGAUAUUGAAAAGACCUGGAUAAAAGAAAAUUUAGACAACUUGUGUCAUAAUAAGUUACGUAGAUGGCUAGAGAUUCCUCCCAAUGGUACUCUUGACAUUGUUCUCUUGGCGAAAACAAAGUUUGGCUUGAAUGUUAUUGAUGUUUCCACUAAGCAUGCUCAGUGUCAGGUAUCUUUUAGAAGUCAGUUAAAGAACUCAACCAAUGAAGACGCCAGACAUGUAUACAGUAGCACAAGAUCGGGUUGUAACAUUCAGCAUGAUCGUUUUAACAAUUGUCGAGAGGUUAAAAAAAAAAUUAGAGACGAAAAACUAGAUAAAGUGAACAAGCUUGUAUCACAGAGCAUCGUUGUUAAAGCCCUUUGGCAGGAAACGCUUGUAUCAGAUGUGAAACAAUGGCAUCGAACCCUCAACAAAUUACUCAAGAACAUAUUCAAUUUUUGUAUCCGUUACCCAAACAACACCUUACCAACCUUAAAGAAUACGGUUCUUUGGAAGAAAAGCGAAAAUGCAUUAUGUAAAGUAUGUUACAACACGCAAACCCUUCAACAUGUUGUGUCUGCAUGCAAAGUUCACCUAGAAGAGGGUCGUUAUACAUGGAGACAUAAUUCUGUGUUGAAGAUUAUUGCUGACUAUUUGCUAUCAAUCACGAACAACAUCGAACUAUACUGUGAUAUCACAGGAUAUAUGAGCCCCUCUAUUAUUACUGGUGAACAAAAACGUCCUGAUAUCGUAGUUAUAGACAAACAACGGAGUUGGGUAUUUGUUUUGGAAUUAACUGUCGGUUUUGAGACCAGAAUUAAAGACAAUGCUGUACGUAAACACAAUCAUUAUAGUGGUUUAUGUUCUGAACUAAGAAAUCAGUAUAACAGAGUAAAGUUUGUCAUUAUGUAUUAUUAUUAUUAUUAUUAUUAUUGGAAUUUAAAAUACAUGAAGAAGACAAUAUAUAUAGCCUUAAUUGCCAUGCAUUUACAUUAAAAUUAGGGUAAAUAUAUAAAAUUUACAUUGUUUGUAUAAUAUAUUAACAAGUAUUAUACCUCACAAUGAGCUUGUCCAAUCAGAGAACUAAAUUUGUACCACAUGACCAUGGUAUUUUUCAGCGAAUACUAUGACCUAGGCAAUUUGAACCCUGGUGUUUUACCCGGGGCCAUGGUAUUCGACUUCGAAUACCACGCUUGAGCGGGAAAUUCGACUUUUUAAAUGUAAAGUUAUCAAAAGUUGUGUUUUGAAAUUAAAAGUUAAUUGAAUGGUAUUUGUUUUCUACUUAUUUUUGAAAGGUUCGGUAUAAUAUACCAUUUAUAGACCUUUCACUCGGGGUAUUCCACAAAAAAUUACCCUGCGGGAUGAAAUAUUCCUCGGGCUUCGCUCUCGGAAUAUUUCAUCCCUAAGGGUAAUUUUUUGUGGAAUACCCCUCGUUUCAGGUCUAUAACUGAUAAGUAUUACUUUAACUAGACUAUAGAUAAUUUAAAAUAUUGAAGUUUAUAUUUAAAAUAUCGAAGUUAAUAAAACCUCAUAAGCUAGACCUAGGGUCUCGCUAAGCUACUGUUAUAGCAGUUUAUAGCGUGUACUAACGGACUAUUAAAUCUUUCAGUUCUAAAUUAAAAUUAUAAUACAUAUUCGCAUUAGAUCUAGUUUCUCUUUGUCUUGUAUCUCUAACGCGGUCUGGAAGUAGGUCGUGUAGACGGUGCUCAGGCGAAGAUAGAUUUGCAAUCAAGUCUAUACAAUGAUUCUUGCGUCUUUCACUCAGCGUUUGCAUCUUAAGAUGGUUUAACGCUACAAAAUAUUCCACUCCAGGUAAUAUUAUUCUGAAUGCUCUUUUCUGUACUCUUUCAAUGUUUGCACUUUGAGAACUGGUCAGACCUCCAUUCCACAACACAUCUCCAUAUUCCAGAGUUGAUCUAAUAAUACUACAAUAGAAUUGUAGCAAAUCCUGCGCUGGCGCCCCAUAUAUAGCUUUUGAACAAUUUGAGAAAGUACAACCGCUUCCUUGCUUUCUUUACGAUGUACUCAGUGUUACUGUCCCAUUUUAGAUUGUCGUCAAGCCAUGUUCCUAACAGUUUAAAAGAAGUGACCCUUUGAGCUUCUGAGUCGUACUGUACAUCUUAAUACUUCUAAUUGUAGUUUUCCUAACGCGAAAGUAAAAAUCAUUUCUUUUGUUUUUUUCACAUUCAGUGCCAUUCUUUGUUCGCCACAAAAGGUUGAUAUCCUUUGGAUAAUGAUAGUUCCAUGUCCCCAAUUGGUUGAUCUGACCUAGGAUCAUGGUCACAUUCAACACUUCCGAUACCGUGGUAUCAUCUAUAAACAUCGAAACUUGUUCCGCAUUGGUUGAAUUGUCUGUCACUGCAACGUCCGGUAAGCGAUUGAUCUUAGCGAUAAAAGAAAAGGGGCCGAUCUUGCGGUACGCCAGCGUUAAUAUUGCGGAAAUCUGACAACUUCCCCUCAAAUUUGACUCUUUGUUGACGUUGAGACAGAUAUGACGCUAACCAGGGCAAUAAGGCAGGCCUUACACCUGUAGAGAAGCGCCUUUUAGUGUAUGUGUCUUAGCGCCUUUUAGUGUAUGUGUUUUUAGAGGAGAGAACCGCAUGGAAGUGAGAUAUUGUAGAGUUAAGGUGAAAUCGUGAGAUGUAUUUCGUGGAGAUUAAUCGUUGUUGAGUAUUGUAAUUAAAGAAAUAAUUAAAGAGUUUUGGUAUUAUCUUAGUCCAGUAGUGCUUCGUGACACACCCAUCUUUUCCAAAUCAGGUAGAAGAAUAUUAUGAUCUAUGAGAUCGAACGCUUUUAGUAGUAAAGUCCAAAAACAUUACACGAAUCACGGUAUCAGAAUUUUCCAUGGCUGAAUACCAAUUGUGGAGCAUUUCUAACAAUGCCAAUAUAGGUGACGACCCAGGGAUUCCACCAAACUGUCUUCUGCUGAUAUUAUCUUUAGCAUCAUCCAACAUCCAUUCUAACGCGUAGCUCUCUUGUAUUUUGGAAAAAUGCUUGUGAUCGCUAUAGGUCUUAUGUUCUCAAUGACAGUACAAGGAUUAGAUUUAGGGAUUGAACAAGUGUUAUAAGCUUUCCAGACAUCGCCAAAACGUUUCUCACGGAAGGAGGUAUUAAUAAUGUCUGUAAGAGGGAUUGAAAGUUCUUCUGCGAACCUUUUUAUUAUUUUCUGUGGGUCAAAAGGACCUGGGGCGGGCUACUACACUUUGGCAAACAACAUUUUGCGAUUAAUUUUAAUGAAAUUAAUUACUCGCCAACACAAAUAGACAUUGCAAAACUAGACGACGGGAAUGGAAUUGCAGCAACGUUUAACAGCUUAAAAUUGCAACGAGCGGAAAAGAGAAAAAGCUUUGACAAACCCGGCUGUUCUUUGCCAACUAAGUUUACCCGAAAUAGUUCAGGUGCUAAAUCCGCCAAUAUCAACAGCAGCUGCUUUUUCUGUGACGACGCGUCGGGUACUCUUCACCAUGCCUCGACAUUCAACAUGGAUGCAAGAGUUCGAAAAUAUGCGCUUCAGCUCGAGGACAGUGUAUUGCUUGCAAAACGUAGUGCUGCUGAUCUCAUUUCCGAAGAAGCAGUAUAUCAUUUCAAAGCUCGAAACGAUUCUGACGACACUGAAAACAGAGAUGAAAAGAUUUUUUCAAGGCAUUUCUCUCGCAUAGUUAGUUGAGUAUAUACAGGAAACGCGGGCCGAAUCAGUUGACACAAUUCCUGUUUUUAGGCUAGCAGAGCUAGCUCAGAUGUACUCACCCGAUUGCAACAGCUUGGAGUAUAUACGAGAGUUAACUCCACACAUUUGAAGCACAGGAUUCUAGCGAAUGUUCCAGGACUACAAGCGCAUAAACAAGGACGAGACGCGAUGCUAGCAUUCAAUGACGACAUAGGACAAGCUCUGAAAAACCUCCAUGAGCAGGAUUAUGAUAGCGAAGCAAUGACUCUUUUGAAGGCUGCCAAGAUCAUUCGCCAGGAUAUCUUGAACAAAAAGAGAAGGUUUAAUGGGGGAAUUUGA